AGGGAGCAGGUUGUGGGGGCUGUGAGCGGUGUGGGGACUUCCUCCGGGAGGUCUCGGAGAGUGGCGAACCCUGCGGAGGGGCGAAGUAUCGGUGUCGUGGGGGCGAGAGGGCGUCUUCUUUACCGGCGACCGCUGAGGUGCGGGCGGAGGCCUUAGCUCGGGUCCCCCACCACCCCGGAAUCCGGGUCGGCGGCGGAGGCGCCCCCGGAGGACGCGCACGGGCGGCGGCUCUGCGGGGACAGCGCAGCCGGACUUCAGGGCCUCUCGGCCCACAGCCUCACCCACCGAAGUCUCGCCCAGUCGGUUGACAUUAAGAGUUUAGCAGAUAGUUUUGGAAACUGAUACUUAAAAUAUGGCUGGAAGUCAAAUGAAUGUCUAAAGAAGAGCUUAGUUGCUUCACUGACCUCCUUUUUUAAGACAACUUGCUGCCACAAUGUCAGUGUUCACCACACAUAAUAGAAACAACAGCGAUAUCCUUGGUAUACCUUCUUCCCCAGGGAGUUCCUCGCUGAAUGUCCUCACCCAUGGUAGCAGACCUGAGCUGCAUUUGAUGUCGGAUAUGACAGAAUGUGAACACGAUGAUCCAUUAUUGAGAUCGGCAAGGAAAAUCAGAGACAUAAACAGUACUUAUGUGAUUUCUGCCUGUAAAAAAACAGGAGAUGUACCUCUGACCCCUAACCCUGUAGGUAGAUUGGCACUUCAGAGAAGAGUCACAAGGAACAAAGAAUCCUCUUUGCUUGGCAGUGAGUUGGGAGACUCCGCCGAAAACACUGCAGAAACACGUCUUACGUUGCGGCGGCGUGCUAAACCAGAAUCAGUGGAGAAGCGGAAAACAGCUCAAACAGAUUGUGGGGAAAAGUGGAAAACAACACAGAAUGUGGGCAGUGCAGCCGAAAAUGAUGGUGCCUCACUGGAAGCUGGUACAAAUGUAAGGACUGUACAUAAAGAUAAAAACCCUUGUAUUGCACCGGUUGUACCUUUAGCGGACCCAAAGCGCAUUAAAAUGAUGGCCGCUGAAAACCACAAAGAGACAUUUGUUGCCCUCCCUGGGGCAAAUGAAAAGGUCGCACUUAAGUACUUAAGUAACAGAGCACCCACUGGUUCCCAGGGUCAGACUGAAGCUGUUCCAUCGGGACGCUUGGCAACCAAACCUCUUCCGAGCAAGGUGAACAUCAAAGUGUCGGAGAACCUACCUCACAGAAGUAUUGGGAAGGAUACUGCAAAAUCUGCAAAUAAAUUUGAAAGCUUAGAAAAAAGAAGAACACCUACAAAAUACAUCGUAGGACACCGACUGACACCGAAGUGUGACACGCCACAGCUGACGAGCCCAGCUGCGUCGUCACUGCUGAAAAAGAGGGUGCCUAGCCUGCAAGCUACACAAAAGCGAACAAGUUCUCUGCCUGCAAAUGAAAGGGAAAGGUCACGAGAAAAUACACUCCCUCUUGAAGAGGAAACCACAGGUCGGAACCCCCCUGCAGAGACAGACCCCUUAAAGGUGGAGAACAGUCAAGUGACAGUGGCGGUAAGGGUGAGGCCUUUCAGCAAGAGAGAGAAGGUUGAAAAAGCAUCCCAGGUGGUCUUCAUGGAUGGAGAGGAAAUCGCUGUGGAACAUCCCGACAUGAAACAAGUUUAUAAUUUUAUUUAUGAUGUUGCAUUCUGGUCUUUUGAUGAAUCCCAUCCAAACUAUGCCAGCCAAACAACUGUUUAUGAGACCCUAGCCGUUCCGCUCCUGGAACGAGCCUUUGAAGGCUACAAUGCCUGUCUCUUUGCUUAUGGUCAGACCGGCUCUGGAAAAUCAUAUACGAUGAUGGGACUUAGUGAGGAACCAGGAAUAAUUCCAAGGUUUUGUGAAGAUCUUUUUGCUCAAGUAGCCAAAAAACAAACCCAAGAGGUCAGCUACCACCUCGAAAUGAGCUUUUUUGAAGUAUAUAAUGAAAAAAUUCAUGACCUUCUGGCUUGUAAAGGUGAAAAUGGGCAGAGAAAGCAACCACUGAGAGUAAGGGAGCAUCCUGUUUCUGGACCAUAUGUUGAAGCUCUGUCAAUGAAUGUUGUCAGUUCUUACUCUGAUAUCCAGAGUUGGCUAGAAUUGGGAAAUAAACAAAGAGCGACGGCUGCUACUGGUAUGAAUGAUAAAAGCUCCCGAUCGCAUUCAGUUUUUACCCUGGUGAUGACCCAGACCAAGAUAGAAUCUGUGGAAGGUGAAGAACAUGAUCACAGAAUAACAAGUCGGAUAAACUUGAUAGAUCUGGCGGGCAGUGAACGCUGCUCCACAGCUCAGACUAGCGGAGAGCGCCUGAAGGAAGGUGUGAGUAUUAACAAGUCCCUGCUCACAUUGGGAAAGGUUAUAUCUGCGCUUUCUGAACAAGCAAACCGGAAGAGAGGUUUUGUUCCUUACCGUGAAUCUGUUCUUACAUGGCUGUUAAAAGAAAGUCUGGGUGGAAACUCAAAAACUGCAAUGAUUGCUACAGUCAGUCCUGCUGCCAGCAACAUUGAGGAAACAUUAAGCACGCUUAGAUACGCCAGCCAAGCCCGCAUGAUAAUCAAUAUCGCCAAAGUAAAUGAAGAUAUGAAUGCUAAGUUAAUUAGAGAAUUGAAAGCGGAAAUUGAAAAGCUAAAAGCUGCUCAAAGAAACAGCCGAAAUAUUGACCCCGAACGAUAUAGGCUGUGCCGGCAAGAAAUAACAUCCUUAAGAAUGAAACUGCAUCAACAGGAAAGAGACAUGGCGGAGAUGCACAGAGCCUGGAAAGAAAAAUUUGAACAAGCCGAAAAAAGAAAACUUCAAGAAACAAAGGAGUUACAGAAAGCAGGAAUUACAUUUCAAAUGGACAACCAUUUGCCAAACCUUGUCAAUCUCAAUGAAGAUCCUCAGCUAUCAGAGAUGCUGUUAUAUAUGAUAAAAGAAGGAACAACGACAGUUGGAAAGUAUGGACCAAACUCAAGCCAUGAUAUUCAGUUAUCUGGGGUGCUGAUUGCUGAUGAUCACUGUAUUAUAAACAAUUCUGAUGGGAUAGUGAGUAUCAUCCCAGUUGGAGAGGCAAAGACAUAUAUAAAUGGAAAACAUAUUUUGGAAUCCACAGUAUUACAUCAUGGUGAUCGGGUGAUUCUUGGUGGAGAUCAUUAUUUUAGAUUUAAUCAUCCAGUAGAAGUCCAGAAAGGAAAAAGGCCAUCUGGUAGAGAUACUCUUAUAAGUGAGGGUCCGAAAGACUUUGAAUUUGCAAAAAAUGAGUUGCUCAUGGCACAGAGAUCACAACUUGAAGCAGAAAUAAAAGAGGCACAAUUGAGAGCGAAGGAAGAAAUGAUACAAGGAAUCCAAAUUGCAAAAGAAAUGGCUCGGCAAGAGCUUUCCUCUCAAAAAGCUGCAUAUGAAAACAAAAUAAAAGCAUUGGAAGCAGAACUGAAAGAAGAGUCUCAAAGGAAGAAAAUGCAGGAAAUAAAUAACCAAAAGGCUAAUGACAAAAUCGAGGAAUUAGAAAAGGCAAAACAGCGUCUUGAGCAAGAAAUAUAUGUCAACAAAAAGCUAUUAGAAAUGGAGACUUUGGCUGCAAAACAGGCUUUAGAAGACCACAGCAUCCGCCAUGCAAGAAUUCUGGAAGCUUUAGAAACUGAGAAGCAAAAAAUUGCUAAAGAAGUACAAAUCCUACAGCAAAAUCAGAGUAAUAGGGAUAAAACUUUUUUAAUUCAGCCAAAUUGGAGCUCCAUGAAACUCUCAAUGAUGAUUCAGGAAGCGAAUGCCAUCAGCAACAAAUUUAAAAAAUAUUAUGUUUUUGGCAGACAUGAUGUAUCAGAUAAAGGAAGUAGUUCGGACACUUCUGUGCGGGUUCGUAACUUACAACUAGGGAUCUCAACUUUCUGGAGUCUGGAAAAAUUUGAAUCUAAGCUGGCAGCAAUGAAAGAACUUUAUGAGAGUAAUAGUAAUAACAAAAGUGAAGAUAUCUUUUGUGAUCCUGAAGAUGAAUGGGAACCUGACAUUACAAAUGCACCAGUUUCUUCCCUUUCUAGAAGGAGGAGCAAAAGUUUGAUGAAGAACAGGAGAAUUUCUGGUUGUUUACAUGAUAUACAAGCCUACCCAAUUCAGAAUUUGCAUUCUUCCCAUUCAUCAGGCUUACUGGAGAAAUCGAGCACCAUUUCCCCAAGUUCAGCAGAAUCUUUUCUUCCUGGAAUUUGCAAAGAAUUGAUUGGGUCAUCGUUAGAUUUUCUUGGACAGAGUUAUGAUGAAGAAAAAAGCCUGGCAGACAGCCUGAUUAAUAAUUUUCUUAAAAUUUAUCAUGGGCUAUUUGCCAUUUCCAAAGCUCAUGAAGAACAAGAUGAAGAAAGUCAAGAUAACUUGUUCUCUUCUGAUCGAGCAACCCAGUCACUUACUAUCCAGGUCACAUGUGCUUUUGAGCAGCUUGUGGUUCUAAUCAAACACUGGCUGGAUGAUAUUCUACCUUGUACCAGCACAGCAAGACUUGAAGAUGAACUGAGACAAGAGGUUAAAAAACUAGGAGGCUACUUACAGUUAUUUUUGCAGGGAUGCUGUUCAGAUAUCUCAUCAAUGGUAAAAGAAGCUCAAAACAAAAUAAUCCAAAUUGUACAACAAGCUGUGAAGUAUGUGGGACAGUUAGCAGUUCUUAAAGGGAGCGAGCUACAUUUUCUGGAAAACAGUAGCAAUAAGGCUACCAGUGUUCAGGAGGAUUUCAUGGAUGCUCUUUGUGAUGGUGUAGGCUUAGGAGUGAAGAUUCUAUUAGAUUCUGGACUAGAAAAAGCAAAAGAACUUCAGCAUGGACUCUUAAGGCAGUGUACCCAAAAUGAGGUUACCAAACAGAUGAAAGCUAAUGCCAUGGGAUUGAUUGGAUCUCUUGAAAACAUCUUUGCUGAGUGGAAAACAAAAAGUUUCAGAAGCGAACUACAACAAGAAAAUUCUGGAUACCAAGAUUUGAAGAAGAUGGUUAAUCUUGCUCCAAAAUUCUUGAAGUUAAAACAUUGCUUAGAGCAAACUAUUCAAAUUAUUAUUUCUGCACUGAGAGGAUGCCACAGUGACAAAAAUCUUCUCAAGAAUUGUGUUGAAAGUCUGUGCAACUUGACCAAGGAUUUUCAUGAUGACUUCAGCAUUCACUCUGCUUCUCUUGACAGCUGUGAGAAGAGAAUGCCUCAGGGCAGCCACAGGGGGCUAGAGUCUCUAGUCAAGUCACUCCUCUUCUGUUUUGAAUCUGAAGAGAGUCCUAAUUUGUUGAAACCCUGGGAAGCUUGUAAUCAGAAUACCGGAGAAGAAGGAGAACAAUCUAAAUCAAGCAGGACUGACUCCGUGAGGAAUAAAGGUGUACCAAAGCGUGUCUAUGAACUCCAUGGCUCAUACCCAGCAGUGGCGUCAGAGGAAAGCACACCCAGUAGGAUUCAGUGGGUAUGAAUUCUGCUACGUAGGCACUUUACGCCCAUCCAUCAAAGAGAGAGAACACUGGGCAGGCAAUUUUCCUCACAUAGAAUAUAAAAAGCAGGAAACCAGCAUAAAUGUUUCAAAGAAGUGCAUGUGUGUUGGUGGUCUUCCACUGGGCAGGGACAGCAAUAAGCAGCAUGGAAUCCUGAUUUCAGAAUGUGCAUUCAGAAGUUUCUGAGACAAUUUCGAAUAGACAUUUUCUGUAUUGGAACAUGGUGGCAAUCGAAUGAAAUUAGGAGUUUGAAAACAAGUGAAUGGUCUCUUCUCCAGGUUCUCAUUGCCUUGAAUUUUAAGUGUUUGUUUUUAAUAUUGAUAUACUAUCUCUGGUUGGUUCUUUAGCUUGUUUGUAAAUGGUUACUAUAGUUAUUACAAGUUAUUUUCUCAUGAGUGGAAACAUGUGAACAAUCAGCUACCUUUGUGCCUGUGCCUUCUCUCCUCUGCAAGUAGCUACGAUGAGGUUUGUGGUCAAGUCGCCAAUGUGUUUAACUAGGGCGACGUAACUUACAUUGUUAAAUCUAAAACUCUUUUCUUGAAAGGUUAACUGGUUGCCAUUUUGAAUAGUGUGUUCAAGGCAUGGUUUCCUUUUCUUUCCAAAUUAUAAGUAGCUACCUAAAUAUAGUAUGAUUAUAUAUUAAUAUGACUUGCUGGCAUAAUAAUUCACUAUGUUAUCUCUGUUCCAUAAUGAGGGCUGUAUGAAUAUAAUUUAAAAACCUAUUAAAUAUUGACAGAAUCACACUUACUGAAUGGGGUUAGGAAAUCAGAGGCUGGACCUUUUCUUGAUAAUGCUUGUUUUGUUAAAUACGUAAUGAAAGAGUUUGUACAUGAUUUGGUAAAGAUGAAAGAUCUUUAUUAUAUGUCACAGCUUAAAACACUUUUGAUUUGCAAUCAAGUAAUAAAGAGAAUAUUCUACUUUUGGGAUCUUUCAUUAAGGAACUGACUUGAGGUUUUUGACCACACACAUAUGUGUAAUUUGGAAAGAUACCUAAUGGUUCUGCUUAGAUGAUAACGAGUAGUUCCUUGAGAAUAAUUCUUGUAAAUAACUUGAUUCUUGCAUUUGCCCUUUUCACUUGCAGGUACCACUUGCACAUUUGACACGACUAGUGAAAAUCAGAUGUUAAUACCAUAAGUAAAUUUGAUCAUUUCUUUGUUAGGGAGAGACUGUAAAUAAAUACCGGUUAUCGUAGCCAGAACAAUGUUAAUACACCAUGUGCUGUGUUGCCAGGUGCUUUCAAAUGGUGCAGAGUAGCAAAUUUUGCUUUCAUUUUCUUUUUUUUUUUUCCUUCUAUGUUUGGCAUUUGAGCUUGCAUUCUUUCUGAAGUUCUAAACAUACUUUUUAAUAGUCAAUGCUCUGCCAAGUAGCACUUUUGCGAUCAAGUUUUAUAAAGUUUAUCGCUUAGAUGUACAUUAAAGAACUUUUCUUGAAGGUUGUACUUCUUUGAAGAAUUUUCUAAAGUAUCAGUACAGUAGUUUUCAUCUUAAUGUUUGGUACUUUAUCUUUACCCUCUGCUUUCUAAACUCAUAAGUUCAUUGGUCAGAAAUCUGUUAGUGUUGUAAAAUUUUGCGUAUGUAUAUAUAUAUAUAUUUAUACUUUCAAGUAAAUUGUUAUGCAGUAUUUGAAUGAAUGAUGAAACAUAUAUUUGCUAUAGAAUCAUGUGCACUGAUAAGAAUGUUAUAAAGAGAAUGCCUUUAAUAAAUCUUGUUGGCUU